AUGCACCAGAUGUCUCAGACGGAAAAUUUGAGGGCUGAUUUGGUAAUUUCGGUUGAAGCAUUAUGGUUAGAUGUGUAUAUCCACGAUUAUCUAGUGAAGAGGGACUUAAAGGCUUCUGCACAGGCUUUUCAAGCUGAAGGGAAAGUGUCGUCUGAUCCCGUCGGAUGCCCCGGGGGGUUUCUCUUUGAGUGGUGGUCAGUAUUUUGGGAUAUAUUCAUUGCUAGGACCAAUGAAAAGCACUCAGAGCCGGCCGCAUCUUACAUUGAGACGCAGUUGUUUAAAGCAAGGGAGCAACAACAGCAUCAACAACAACAGCAGCAACCGCAGCAACCCCAACAACCCCAGCAUCAACAGCAGCAGCAGCAGCAGCAUCAUCAACAGCAGCAGCAGCAGCAACAACAGCAGCAACAACAACAGCAGCAGCCACAGCAGCAGCAGCAGCAGCCACCAACGCCGCAACAGCAGCGAAGAGAUGGGGCUCACCUUAUUAAUGGCAGUACAAAUGGCCUUGUUGGAAAUGACCCUCUUAUGCGACAGAACCCAGGAACUGCAAAUGCCUUGGCAACAAAGAUGUACGAGGAAAAGUUAAAACUGCCUCUUCAGAGGGAUUCUCUGGAUGAUGCAGCAAUAAAGCAAAGAUUUGGGGACAAUGUGAGCCAGCUUUUGGAUCCAAAUCAUGCCUCGAUAUUGAAGUCAGCUGCAGCAACUGGCCAGCCUUCAGGGCAAGUGUUGCAUGGCACAGCUGGUGGGAUGUCUCCACAAGUUCAAGCUCGCAAUCAGCAACUACCAGGGUCCAUGCCGGAUAUCAAGAGUGAGAUUAAUCCAGUUUUAAAUCCCAGAGCUGCAGGUCCUGAAGGAUCAUUGAUGGGAAUUCCUGGGUCAAAUCAAGGUAGUAAUAAUUUGACUCUAAAAGGAUGGCCCCUAACUGGACUUGAUCAGCUUCGCAGUGGGCUUCUUCAGCAACAAAAGCCUUUUAUGCAGGCACCUCAGCCCUUUCACCAACUUCAGAUGUUGUCACCACAUCAGCAACAGCUAAUGCUUGCACAGCAAAACUUGACAUCACCAUCUGCAAGUGAUGAAAGUAGAAGACUAAGAAUGCUUUUGAAUAAUCGAAACAUUGGUCUUGGGAAGGAUGGCCUUACAAACUCUGUUGGUGAUGUGGUUCCGAACGUUGGAUCACCUCUUCAAUCUGGUGGUCCUCUUUUGGGUCGUGGAGAUACAGAGAUGCUACUUAAGUUAAAAUUGGCUCAGUUACAGCAGCAACCGAACAAUAAUCCACAACAGCAUGCUCUUUCAAAUCAGCAAUCUCAGAGCUCAAAUCACAGUCUUCACCAACAAGAUAAAAUGGGAGGUGCUGGCAGUGGGACUGUGGAUGGUAGCAUGUCGAAUUCCUUUCGAGGAAAUGAUCAGGCUUCUAAAAACCAGACUGGGAGAAAGAGAAAACAGCCAGUGUCAUCUUCUGGUCCUGCCAAUAGCUCAGGAACUGCUAACACAGCGGGGCCCUCUCCAAGUUCAGCACCCUCAACUCCUUCAACGCAUACACCUGGAGAUGUGAUAUCGAUGCCUGCUUUGCCUCACAGUGGUAGUUCUUCCAAGCCAUUGAUGAUGUUUGGUGCUGAUACUACUGGCACCCUUACGUCACCAUCAAAUCAAUUGUGGGAUGAUAAGGAUCUUGAAUUGCAGGCUGACAUUGAUCGUUUUGUAGAGGAUGAGGAUAAUGUCGAAUCAUUUUUAUCCCAUGAUGAUACCGACCCUAGGGAUGCUGUGGGUCGUGGUAUGGACAUAAGCAAAGGGUUCACAUUUUCAGAAGUAAAUUCUGUUCGAGCAAGCACAAGCAAAGUCAUCUGCUGCCACUUCUCAUCAGAUGGGAAAUUGCUUGCCAGCGGUGGCCACGAUAAGAAGGCUGUACUGUGGUACACGGAUUCUUUAAAGCCAAAAACCUCACUUGAAGAGCAUUCUUCUUUUAUUACUGAUGUCCGGUUCAGUCCAAGCAUGCCACGUCUUGCAACGUCUUCAUUUGACAAAACUGUCAGGGUUUGGGAUGCCGACAAUCCUGGUUAUUCACUUCGUACAUUUACGGGGCAUUCUGCCUCUGUUAAGUCACUUGACUUCCACCCAAAUAAAGAUGACCUCUUUUGCUCUUGUGAUGAAGAUGGUGAGAUACGAUACUGGAGUAUUAACAAUGGAAGCUGUGCGAGGGUGUCCAAGGGUGGUACGACACAAAUGAGAUUUCAACCCCGCCUUGGAAGGUACCUUGCUGCAGCUGCAGAGAACGUUGUAUCUAUACUGGACGUGGAGACACAAGCAUGUCGGCACUCAUUAAAGGGACAUACUAAGCAGAUCCAUUCUGUGUGCUGGGACCCUUCUGGUGAGUUCUUAGCAUCUGUCAGCAAGGACUCUGUCAGAGUUUGGAACCUUGGAUCAGGGAGCGAAGGAGAAUGUGUACAUGAGCUCAGCUGUAAUGGCAAUAUAUUCCAUUCCUGUGUUUUCCAUCCUACAUAUCCUUCAUUGCUGGUCAUUGGUUGCUAUCAGUCUUUGGAGCUUUGGAACAUGACCGAGAAUAAGACGAUGACGCUGUCGGCUCAUGAAGGACUUAUUGCUGCAUUGGCAGUGUCGACUGCGACGGGUUUGGUUGCUUCAGCUAGUCAUGACAAAUUUGUUAAGCUGUGGAAGUGAAGUAACUGCACGAGAUUAAUUUUUCUUUCCUUUGGUUGGCUGUGGAUCAGAUGCUUGUAGUAGUUUGUCUGUCGACUCUCUUGGUUGCUGCUGCGCUUGAUCUGGCUCACAUAUUUAUUUUUCCUUGUGGAUCACUUGAGCUCGCUCCUUCUAAGUUCUCUUACUUACCCCAGAAACUAACCUUUUGUAGUAUUGUUGUUGUAAGUUGUAUUUGUUGUCUUAAAUUGGAGAUUUGUUUAAUGCUGUCUUGACUGGCUUUCUUCUGGACUACUGCUCUGCUUGUAACAUGUUGUACUCUUAUUAAGAAAAGCAUAAACAUUCUGUACUAC